AUGCACGAGGGGCAAGGAAGAGCUCAUUCAUCACACGAAAUGAGGACAAUCACAUCUUUGUAUUUGCUUUUCUGUCUCCUUGUUCCCUCUGCUUUGGCGCAACUCCAAUUUGGGUUCUACGGCCCGUCAUGCCACCGCACCGGAUCUAUCAUUUCUAGUGUCGUUUCCAGCCAUUUCAGUCGUGACCGUAGCAUUACUGCAGCGUUGCUUCGCAUGCAGUUUCAUGAUUGCUUUGUCACGGGUUGUGAUGCUUCCCUCUUGAUCGACCCAAAACCUGGAAGGCCAUCGGAGAAAAGCACCGGACCAAACGCAAGCGUGAGAGGCUACGAGAUCAUUGACGAGGCUAAGAGACAGCUCGAGGCUGUGUGUCCCGGGGUUGUCUCAUGCGCAGACAUUGUAGCUCUAGCCACCAGAGACGCGAUCGCACUAGCUGGUGGUCCAAGCUUCUUGAUACCAACAGGAAGACGCGAUGGACUUAGGUCAAACCCCAAUGAUGUGAACUUGCCCGGACCAACAAUCCCCGUGUCGGCAUCGAUCCAAGCAUUUGCAGCUCAAGGCAUGAAUGUGGAUGAUAUGGUUACACUUAUUGGUGGUGGCCACAGUGUCGGUGUUGCGCAUUGCAGUCUCUUCUCGGAUAGGCUAGCCGACCCGGCAAUGGACCGCACAUUGAACGCUCAGUUGAGGAACACAUGCCGUGCUCCAAAUGACCCAACGGCGUUCUUGGACCAAAGGACUCCAUUUGUCGUGGAUAACGCAGUCUACGGAGAGAUCCAAAGACAGAGAGGAAUCCUACGAAUUGAUCAGAACAUGGGUCUCGAUGGUUCAACCCGUGGAAUUGUGUCGAGUUUUGCACAAAACAAUGACCUCUUUAGGCGGAGAUUUGCUGAAGCAAUGGUGAAAAUGGGUUCCCUUAGGGUUCUUACAGGACGUUCUGGUGAGAUCAGAAGAAACUGCAGAGUCUUCAACAACGGACGUUGAUUCUACAUUUUCUUUUUACCGUUAUUUUUUUCCCUCCAUUUCAUUUCAAAUAAUCAACCGGAAAGUGUGUUUAUUUCGGUGUCAUGUUUUAUUUGAUUUCUUUUUUGCUAACAAAUGUUGUGUUUUAUUUUUUAUUUGAUUUGCCUGCUGCAUGGGCUAUGUAAUAUUUUUGACAUCGAACUUCUUUGUUUUCUGCUUUGUGACGUUGUAAUUUCUUGUGCUAUUUUGUGCUUACUCUUUGUGUUAAAUCUGUCAACCACGUAGCAGAAGAAAGAAGACGUGAAUUUCACGUUUUGAAUAACAAUGGUUA